UUUGUGCUUGAGAUUGUGUGUGGCUUUAUACCGAGCUUUAGAAUAUUGGCGCGUGAGAUCGGCAUUUAACGGCGGUGGUGCUGAUAUUCAAGAGGCUACCGCGAAGACCCAACUCUCCUCUUAUAGCGUGACUGUCUGUUGUAGUAUUCAUAUUCAUAUCCUCUUUAUUAUUUCUCCUAAAUUCAUCACCUUCUCAAAUUGAACUUUUUCGUAAACCCUAGCUUCUUACACCAUGAACCCCUACGAUGAUAGAUACUCCGAUGCUACUUCUUUUCGCGGCCGUCGCAGUGAUCUAGUUGGACCUAUGCCGCCGCCUAAUUUUGGCCGCGGCGGUCCUGCUCCCUACGGUGCUCCUUAUGUAUCCCAUGGACCCACCGGUUUUGGAUCCGCACCCGUUACUCCGAUUCCUCACUUUCUGCCUCCUCCUGGUGGAUUUAGCGUAGGUCGCGGCGGUGGUUUUGGUCCUAGAUUUGGUAAUGGUCACGCGAGUGAUAGAAAAUAUGACACGGGUCGUCACGUUGGUGGCAGCGGUGGAAGAGGUCGUAGCAGUGGUAGAGGCGGUGGUGGUUUUAGAGGCUCUGGCAGAGGAGGGAGUGGAGGGAGAGGCGGUGGGUUUGGAGGUAGACACGGUGGUGGUUCUUCGAAGGAUGACUUGAACAACAUUAAUCUUCCGAAGCAAGAUUUUAGGAAUUUGGUCCCUUUUCAGAAGAACUUUUAUGUUGAAAGCUCUUCGAUAGCAGCUAUGUCUGAUCAUCAAGUUAUGCAUUAUCGAGCUAGUAGGGAUAUUACUGUGGAAGGGCAUGAUGUUCCGAAACCAAUUCGGGGUUUUCAUGAGGCAAAUUUUCCUGAUCACUGCCUUGAGGCCAUUGCCAAGUUGGGUUUUGUUGAGCCAACUCCAAUUCAGGCUCAGGGUUGGCCUAUGGCUCUUACUGGUAGAGAUUUAAUUGGCAUUGCUGAGACCGGCUCCGGUAAAACUUUGGCUUAUCUACUUCCUGCUUUAGUGCACGUCAGUGCACAACCUCGACUGGUACAAGGGGAAGGUCCCAUUGUCCUGGUUUUAGCACCGACUAGAGAGUUAGCUGUUCAAAUUCAACAAGAAGCUAUGAAAUUUGGGUCACGAGCACAUCUUAGAUGUACAUGCAUUUACGGAGGUGCCCCAAAGGGCCCUCAAAUUCGCGACCUAAGAAAUGGUGUUGAGAUUGUUAUUGCUACUCCUGGUCGUCUAAUAGAUAUGUUGGAAGCUCAACACACAAACCUGCAGAGAGUGACAUACCUUGUCUUGGAUGAAGCUGAUCGAAUGUUGGAUAUGGGAUUCGAACCUCAGAUUCGGAAGAUUGUAAACCAGGUUACUGCUAGAAGUGUGAUAUAUGCAACCCUCAUUUUAGGUCACUUCACAGUUCGCACUGGGAGGUUAACGUCAAGUUGGCUCCCUAAGAUGAUUCGACCAGAUAGGCAGACAUUGUACUGGAGUGCAACGUGGCCAAAGGAGGUUGAAACUUUGGCAAGGCAGUUUCUGCACAACCCAUAUAAGGUAGUUAUUGGGUCACCAUAUCUGAAAGCAAAUCAAUCUAUAAAUCAAGUUGUUGAAGUUGUCACCGACAUGGAGAAAUAUAACAGAUUGCUCAAGCUGCUGAAAGAAGUAAUGGAUGGGAGCCGGAUUCUAAUAUUUACAGAAACAAAAAAAGGAUGUGACCAAGUUACAAAACAAUUGAGAAUGGAUGGAUGGCCAGCAUUAUCUAUCCAUGGUGAUAAAAACCAGGCUGAAAGAGACUGGGUUUUGGCUGAAUUUAAGAGUGGCAGAAGUCCAAUAAUGACUGCCACUGAUGUUGCUGCACGGGGUCUUGAUGUGAAGGAUAUAAAAUGUGUGGUCAAUUAUGAUUUUCCAUCAAGCCUUGAAGAUUAUGUCCACCGAAUUGGUCGAACUGGUCGUGCAGGGGCUAAAGGAACUGCAUACAGUUUUUUUACCCGUGCCAAUGCCAAGUUUGCUAGGGAUUUGAUUAAGAUCUUACAAGAUGCUGGUCAGGUUGUUAGUCCUGCAUUAUCUGAAUUGUCUCGGUCAGCUGGUUCUGGUCAACAUGGACCAAGGGGAGGCUUUCGCUCAAGAGGACGAGGAGGAGGCUAUGGCAAUCGGGGUUCAACGUCAGGAUCCAAUGCCAUUCCUGUAGGUGGGAAGAGGCCUUGGCAGUUCAUGUAGUUGGGUGCUAAGUCGAUCCCUGAAGUUUUGUUUAUUUGAAAGUAGUCAUCGUAUACUUCAUUUUUUUAUACUACAUCUAUUUGCCCGCUUGACAUUUGAAACAACACAUUAAUUAUUAGGUUAUAUAGGACGUUAAACAACUAAUCUUCUAGUGACUGAAGUCAAAGAGGGAUGUGCUGUAAAUGAUUGAUGCAUGUAAAUUAGUUGGAGUGACCCAUAUUCGAGUAAGAAUUGAUUUUACCUUAAGUUAUUCUAAGUGGAACGUAGAAUUUAGAGUUUUUGUUUCUACAAUUGAUGUGUAGCUUCAAAUUUAUUUUUCAA